AUGCCUGUGCACACCAUCAGAGGUGUACAUGACACUCAAGAAGAUGUCAAAUUCUGGUUUCUAGUUACUUCAAGUCUCUCAGAUGAGUAUGCAAGACUGGAGUGGAUGACCAUCACUGUAUUGCCAGUACUGCCUCCACCUGUCCACCUGAGUAGAGCUGUUGACAGCAGUGUCAUGACGAGUGAAGGUGAUCUGACGUACAAGUUGGGUGACAUCACUAUGGCCUCUGACAGCAUUCAAUGGUCUGUCCAGGUACAGCUAAAGGGCAAAGAAGGAUGUCUACAUGGUAACCUGAUGGGUGAACAUGUGGACUUCUCCACCUGCACAGUCAUCACAGGUGACCCAAACUUGGAACUGGACAAAGCUGGUGUUUCUGUAAGUAUAGGCAUGAGUCCUAUGUACCCUGAACAAGUGACACUGUACAACAUUGCUUACCUGCAAGAACUUGUUCAGAAUGGGCUCUCGAUUUAUCCAGGAGCAAGAUAUGAUGCCAGGGAUACUGGAGAACAUAUUGACUUGCAGUACAGCAAUCACCAGGUGAAGCUGAUGCCCUACUUGAGUAAGCUCUUAGAUGUCUCAGAGUUCCUUAUGCUGACAACUUUUCUAGCCUCCCACCUGAACCCCUCCAUGAGGUCCCCUUAUAAUGCUGAUUUUGGUGGUGACAAGAUGAACAUGCAAUCAUUUCACCAUAAGCUGACAAAUGCCUUGUGGGUGUCAUGCAAGAUACACUGCUGUGGUAUCUGCAAGUACAUGCUGCAAGACAUGUUCCCUGACUGGAACCAAGUUCAAAACAUUUUCCGGGUACCUAAUUGGGAUGGUCAUAAAACAUUGAACCCAAUCCUCGACAAUGGCAUGAUGGUUGACAACAGUGAAAUUCUGUAUGGCAUUGUUGACAAAAAGAUGGCCAGCAUGACCCAAGGUGGUCCCAUACUUAGGGUCGUCAACUAUGGGCUUUGCCAUAAUGGUUUCAGUAUCAGCAUCACUGAUACUUUUUCUGGACUGAAAGUGGUGAGUUUCAUCACCAAAAAAAUUGUGGAGAAGGAGCACAGGGUCCAGGAGAUCAUUGAUGAUGCAUAUUGUGACUGCUUGAAGUCUGAUCAAUACAUGCAGGAGCACUUGAAGGAGGACAACAAUGUCAAGCAGAUGGUCAGUGCAGGAUCUACAGAUUCAUAUAGCAAUGUCUCACAGAUGUCUGCCUAUGUCAGGCAGUGGAGUGUAGAAGGAAAGUAUAUACCAUUCAGUUUCUGCUGUCAGACAUUAACUCACUUCACCAAGGAUGACUUUAGUCCAGAGGCAAGGGGAGAGUUCUUUUUCCAUGGUGUGGUUGGUCAAGAAGGUCUCAUCAAUACUGCUGAUAGGGAGUUUGAGCACAAAGUCCAUGUUGAUGUCAUGGACAAGGAGAUCAGUAUUGACAACAGCUCCCUUGAGUUGCAAGAUCAUCCCAAGUUGCAGUCAUUCAUUUUCCUUCAUGCAGACAACCUUACCCCCCACCACAUGCCUAAUGCUGUUCAGAUCUUUCACAUCAACUGCCACAAGCCUAGGGACCUCAAACCAGCAUACAUUGUUGACACAGUCUACCAACUCAUGGAGAGGCUCCUGGCUGUGCUGGACAACGAUGAACUUGGUAGGGAAGCACAGGCAACCACACUCGCUACUCACCAUGUGCUAGAAGAGUUCCAUCUCAACUGUGAAAUGUCUGAGUGGGUGUUGGGUGGGAUCCAGGCAAAGUUCAACCAAUCCCUUUUCAACCCUGGAGAAAUGUGCAGUACCCUUGUCACCCAAUCCAUUGGUGAACCAAUUUGGUACAACCCUGACCCUACAUCCACCAUAAUUGAAGAAGACUCUGAGUUCAUGGAAUUCUUCACUGUCCUGGAUGAGGAUAUCAAGUCAAAGCUCCAGCUAGAACUGGUGUCCCAAUGCCUUGCUCGUUUGAGGAAACAGUGGACAUUUUGA